AUGGCAUCUAAUGCUACCACUCCUGCCGCAGGUCAAACUGCUGGUAAUGGAGCACCUAUCGCACCACCUGGCGCAACAACUCCUGCUCCAGUAGUAGAUAUUGACAUUGGUGUGAAUCAACAACCAGUGAUCGAAGAAACCAGAAAGCGCAAGCAGGAAGGUUUCGAAGAUACUCGUCCAAAACAAUUAGCAUUGCCCAAGAAUAAUGAUAGUCCAGCAGAACGUGCUUUGACUGAGUUCAGGAUCAUUAAGAAUGAUCUUCUCACUUGGUAUAGUAGAAACCGAGCACGAGAUUACCCAGGUCCAAAGACUCUUGCUGGUAGGAUCAAUGCAAGCAGAUCUGCCAUCCUAAUUCUCAAGGAAAUUGGGAGAGGUGCUACCGAAAUGCAUGAAAUUAGAGUCAAGUUUGAUAUGUUCAGUCAAGCACCAAGAUUGAGAAUAUUCGCUGGUAAUUAUCAUUUCUCUUUACAUAGUCACAAUUUUGUUGAUUUGACUGCAACCGAUCAAUUCUGGAAGCAAAAGAUUCAUCUAGUUACCGGAACAAGUGAUAAGGCUAAGAAUGCGAGCAGAGCAGAAAUUGCAAAGAUUCUAGCAACUGAUUUCCAAAGUCCUUGUCAAAGAGAUGUUGAUCGAUUGAUCGACUUUGCUCAAGGAAAUAGAGAACCGCUACUUGAGUUCUUUGGAUUUAGGUUAGUUGGACCAUUCUUUUGGGAUGAAAAACCACAAUCAGCCGGUGAUUUCGUAGCAUGGGAAGCGUUCAUGACUAAACUCAGCCAUGGUCGAUUCCACGCAACAUUGGUGCGCUCUCUUGACCCUCUUAGUAGAGCAUCUUUCGAAUUCCAUGAUUCUCAUUGGAAAUCUCAAAUGGAAGCCAGCAUCAGACACGGUGUUUAUCCUUUCUAUAGGAAGGCCAUUGGAGGUCCAGCUGGAGAAGUAUAUCCACAUCUUGCCGAAGAAUUGAAGAGUUAUGCAUCCCAUGCAGCUCGAAGAUCUUUCGGUUCACCAAGAGAUAUACAAAUUGGCUUGAGUCUUGGUGUCAUUUACGAGGGCAUGUGGGAGAACUACAACAUUGGCCGUUACUUCAAUCCUGAUAUUACACACCAAUGUACAGUCAAGAGCCGAAAAGGACCCUUCAUACAAUUACAUGAAACUGUUGAAAAAGAUGAGAACUUUGUCAUGCCUGAAGUCGCUCCAGGUACUCAUAUGAAGUUUACCGUUGUACCUCUGCCUAUUGAUUCAGAAGCACCAAAGGAACCAGAAGCCGAACCUGGAUUUACCUUGGUUAAGGGUAUGAAGCAAAAGAAAAAGGUUAUGCCACCUGGUGGUUGGAUGCCUGAAACUGAGGUCGUUCACGCUCGUGUCCUGUCAAUCGAUACUCAGAUGGACUUCGUACUUGGAUUUCAAAUCGUCAACGCAGAGUACCGGCAAGCAUUCAGCAACAAUGCUAAUUUAGAGAUUUGCAUCACCAUGGAAAGAAAUACGAUCCCCGCCAGUCGCAUGUUGAUGGCUAUUGCGAAAAUUUGCAGUCAACCCAGGGCGGUAAACGAAUGGAAGCAACGAAAGUUUCUCAUGGGUCAUGGAGUCGAGAAUGAAGGUCCCUCUAUCUAUGAUGAAUACAAAGAUCAGAUGACCAUUCAACAGAGAGGUGCUUUCGACUAUUUGUGCAGAUCAAUGGACAUGAACAAGCAGCAAUUGCGUGCAUGGGAGUUAAUGUUUUACAAUAACUGUCACACUAGCCUUCUUCAAGGUCCACCAGGAACUGGAAAGACAAAGACUUUUGCUGGUCAAGGUUUAGGACUUGCAUUAUGUGGAGUGAAGACUCUCAUAAAUGCUCCUUCGAACACAGCCGCAAAAGAAGUAAUAACCAAGCUUCUUGAUAUGUUGGCCACUGAGAUCUUUUCUUCCUUGACUUCCAAGGUGAAGAUUGUGAUUUGCACUUGCAAUACUGCACAUCUCCUUCAAGGAUAUGGUUACAAGCCACAAGCCUGCCUCACGGAUGAAGCUGCAUUCGGUGCUGAACCAGAAGUCUUGAUUCCAGCCACACUGUGUGCUUCCAAGAAUCAAUACUCUGGUGAUCACAAGCAAUUGCACCCAGUCGUUAAAUCUGCCGGUCACAAUGAGUUCUCAAACCAGUAUGGUUUGUCGUUGUUUGAGCGAUUCUUCAAUCAUCACAGCGUUAACUUGGUGAGAUUCAACAUGAAUUAUCGCAUGUGCAAGAGAAUCGCAAACUUCCCUGGUAUUGCGACGUAUGGAUUCUCGGCCUCUCAUCCUAGUACCAUGGUGGAAAGCGAAACAUUGAAGUACUAUAAUCAAUGGUGGAACUCCGACAGUGCUGAACCAUACAGAGCUACACGCCGUGCACCUGCAUUCGGUGGACCCAAGGACGAUAAUGCCCAACGCUUGUUCAUCAAUGUGAAAGAUGGUAAAUCUGCACCGAGAGAAGGCGGAAAAUCCAAGAGAAACUUCGCAAACAUCAACGCCGUCUGUGACUUCACCAUAGACUUGUUCAGACAUGAACCCACUGUUGAUGUCGCCAAGAUUGAUCUCGAUAAAAUCACAGUCUUGACACCAUACAGGGAAGAAUUGCAUGAGAUCUCUAGACAAGUCAUGAUGAGAUUAAAGGCCGAGUAUCCCAAGAUUGAGAGAUUCCCUCGAUUCCUAACCAUCGAUAGUACACAAGGUGGUGAGAACGAAAUCGUCUUGCUUGCAGUGACUCCUGCCGAUCAAUAUAAUGGUGGACUCAUUGGAUUCUUAAGUGAAUGGAAUCGCAUGAACGUCGCCUUGACCCGUGGUAAGAGUGUCAUGGUCAUUUUCGGUAACUUGGAUCUCUGGCGUUCGCAAUUGAUUGUCAUCACUCGGAAUUUGAGAGCUAAGAACUUUGCGCUCAUGAUUAUGGAUGUCCUAAAUCUUGGUGAUGUCAUUGACGUUGAUGGUGAUAAUUGGCUUCCAAAGACAUUUGCUCAAUUGAGGAAUGGUCGUCAAACUUGGACCAUGGAAAUUGAGAAGACUCGUAAGGAGGAUUCUCAAUUAACUCCUCUGGCCAAAUCGCUUUUAUCUACGCACCAGGAUCCAGCAAUCAAGACCGGAUAUGAGCAGAAACUUCUUGCCGAAUUGGUCGCAUUGAGAAAGGUAGCAGACGAUUUCGAGAAAUUGAAGGAAGCUGGCGUCGAUGAGGGUAUCGCCAUGCGAACCAUGUUUGAGGAAGCUUCAAUGAAGGACAAGGCAGAGAAGAAGGAUGCUGACGGAGAUGAGGCCAUGAAGGAUGACAAUGGAAUCUCUUUAAUAGAUGAGGCCUCAGCUACAAUUGCAUCUCAAAUUUCUAAGGAGGCUGCAGAUCGUGAAAAGGCUGUCGAGAAAUCAUCUGGGGACGAUACUGUAAUGUCCACAGAUGAAGCUGCUCUCGAGAAGGAGGUGCUUGAUAUUAUGAACAGCCUUGCUUCGAGAUUUGAUGGUCAAUUAGAAGUCAUUACAAAGACAGGUAUCAAAGAAUCAAAUCAACCAACAGCAGCUCAAUUGAAUGAUAAAGAAGAUGCCGAAGGAAUUGUUGAUUUUUACAAGAAACUCGAUUAUGAUGAACCAAAAGCUAUAGAUUGGAGAAGAAAGAUUGGUGAUAGGAAUUACGUACUUAAAGAUCUACCCGAAGGAUAUGUUUUAUGGGAACACCUCAAAUAUAAUAAGAAUAAACUGGAGGCAGAGAUGAAGAAGGAAAAGGGUCGACACACAGCCGGAGUUUAUGAACGACAAGAUACAUAUUUAUAUGGACAUCCACAAGGUCGAAAGAAGAGAUAUCGAAGUCCGGCAGAUUUUUUCCCGCAUGUACUUUGGUUAAGUACGGAUCCAGAUGGCGACUCAAGGAAUUGUUCAUGCAAAGUUUGUUCACCAUUUGGAGAGGAUGAUCUACAAGAAGAAACAAUCAAACAAGACAACGGCGCAAUAUUGAAGAAGGAGAUAACCAAGGCAACUGCUCCGAUCGUCAACAUACCACCUCCAAAGAAGGAAAUCAAAAAGGAUAGCAUGCCAAUUGUUAGCAUACCUCAAAAGGCAGUCUCUACUUCCGGAUCGACACCUUCUGGAUCCGUAACUUCUGGAUCAUCAAAGUCAUCACCUCAACCGACUUCAUCAAUUCGAUCACAAGAACAAAAACUCGAUAGUACACCUGAUACUGGACUCAUUUAUCGUACAGGAGAAUUGGUCUGGUUUAAUAGAGGACAUGCUUGGGGUCUCGCAGUUGUAUCAAAGAGAAGAUAUGAACAUUUUCAAGCGGAAUAUUUGGUUCAACCACUUUCUCACCCACUUUCACAUUCACCUGCUCAAAUCAAGGAUCAAGAAUCGAUUAGACCUUGGCUUGCUUGGAGUGUACCUCAAACGACAAUCAGUUCAAUCAAUAAUAUUCCUUACGAUGAAGUACCUUGGGAUCGUAUUGUGCGAGGUGAAUAUGGUGGAGGUGAUUACCAAGUUGAUGGUAGCAUCUUGGCCGCAAAAGUUAUUGAUGGAAGUUAUUCCCUUUUUGAUAGACUUGAAAAAGCCAUCGUAUCUCCUGGAGAAAUACAUUACAAUGGAAUGUUUCUCGGAGCUGAAAAGAUUUGGGUUGGCGAACCAGUUCGUUUACGUGUUGAUGGGGAUUCAAUUGUGGUUCUCGUGGUUCAAAAACUUAUCGAACGUACAGUACAAACAAAUCCACUUUUGACUGUUGUAACAUUUGUGGGUGAUAUUUACAAAUUUGUCGAAAUGCCAAUGCCUUAUAACAAUCGAUCACAAUGGCCAACACCUGAUUUACCUGCUCGAAUGGUUUCUGAUUUAAGAUUCCGUAAUGAAGUAGCAGAUAAUGCUAAGAAACGUACUUGGUAUGAAUGGCAGUUGCUAGAACCAGCAGCUCGUCGAGGAUUAGCUGAUAUUAAAGGACGUUGGUAUGAAACUCGACUUUUAUUACCAGUUUUAAGAGGUAUGGAAGCUUAUCAACUUGGUAUUGGAAGAGGUGAAACUAGUGAUGCUAGUUUAUGGAUGAAUGGAAGAGGUGAUACUAUUGGAGGGACUGGAAAGAGACAAAAGAAUAGAAGGACAACAUUAGGAAAAUCAGUUCCAGAUAAUUAUCAAGUUGGUAGAGGUUUAGAUGGUCCUCCAGCUGAUAAUAUCUUUCCUGAACCAACAAUUCCACAACCAAGUGUUGUCAUACCAGAUAUUGAUCAAUUUAUGGAUUUAGAUGGUGUUGGAACUGGCAAUGGAUAUAAUGUUUGA